UGUGCCUUGCUCUACACCACCGCCGGGGGCCAGAGGCGUCUGCGCGUCCACAACAUCAGUCUGAACUGCAGCUCCCAGCUGAUGGAGCUGUUCAAGAGCUGCGAGACGGACUCGCUCAUCAACUUCUUCUCCAAAACAGCUGAUCCUGCCCGAGACCAUGAAGGUGUUCCCGGUGUACAUGAACAGCCUGAUGAAGACGGCCCCCCUGGUGGGCAGCACGGAGCUGUCCACGGACGGCCGCGCCCACCAGCGGCUGGUCGUCAUGGCCAUGGGCGUGGAGGACACCCAGCUGCUGCUGUACCCCCGCCUCAUCCCACUGCACAACAUGGAGCUGGAGGGCGAGGCGGUGCCGUCGCCGCUGCGCUGCUCCGAGGACCGCCUGGCCGACGGCGGAGAACGGCCACGCCCUCUUCCUGUGGCUGGCCCAGGCCUGCCCCCCCCGAGCUCAUCCAGGGGCUCUUCAACCUGCCCUCGCUCGCUCACCUGCAGCCCAACACGAUUGCAGAACAUGUGCAACAGCGCCCCCUGGGGUCACACUUUUCGGUGGGAUCCCGGUGCACCGGGACACGGAGCUGUUCGCCUACGGUGGCUGUGGACCUGUGGGAGAGCAAUCUUGGCGUGAGCUGAACCCACGAGGAGCACGUGUCUCAAGAAUUGGUCACCUGAAUCCAGGUCUGCAGUGCUUAUGAAGGUGAGUCCUUAAUGACAUCAGUACACUCCACAUACAUCCUGCCUUUGAGUGCACAGGAUGUUGUUGAUUAAGAAAUCCUCCUGUUCUUAUGUCCAUUCUAACUUGAACUACGAGUUCCACAGACUGCGUGUCUCGGUGGCGCAAUGGAGAAGGACGCCGUCUGCUGUUUAAAAAUCCUCAACCAAGAUCUGGCGACCUGGGUUCAAGUCCUGGGGACUUCAACUGAGAAAUCAACGCUUCCAACUUCAUCAGACGAAACAGUAACGUCUGAACAAUUGGCUUAUCGAACAACGGUUCAAACUUCAACAGCAGAUCCAUUGACUUCUGCAUCCAUAGUUCUGACUUCAACAGAUGAACCAUUGACCUCUGCAUCAACAGUUCAGACUUCAACAGAUGAAACAGUUACUUCUGAACCACUGACUUCUCAAACUACUGUUCAAACUUCAACAUCAGAGCCAUCGACUUCUGCAAUCACAGUUCUGACUUCAACAUCAGAGCUAUCGACUUCUGCAUCCACUAUUCUGACUUCAACAGCAGAUGCAUCGACUUCUGCAUCCACAUUUAUGACCUCAACGAAUGGACAUUUGAUUUCUGCAUCCACAGUUCUGACUUCAACAGAUGGAACAGUGAUUUCGGACCCACUAACUUCUCAAACUAUGGUUCAAACUUCAACAGCAGAGCCAUCAACUUCUGCAUCCAUAGUUCUGACUGAAAAGGAUGUACCAAUGACUUCUGCAUCAACAGAUGGAACAGUGACUUCUGCCUCCAGUUUUUCUUUCAUGAUGACCAAUAAAAAACGACAGCAUCA